AUGACGAUCGAGAUUAAUAAUAUGUUAGGCCUGGACGGCUAGAAAAACAUGGGUUUUUACUUUUUGCUUUAUACUAAUAUAAAAAGAAAUGACUGUUGUUUGGGUGUAUGCAUAAGCACCAAUUGACUUGUGUGUGAGUUAGAUGGCGGGUCUUGAUUCUCGAAAGAUGUCGCGAAAAAGAUUUGACCUUUUUGAUAUAGUAAGACUCCUUGAAAGACCACGGAAGUUGCAACCCAUCAUCAUGUGGUCUGGACAUCAAGAAAAUUCCCUGCCUUCGAUUACCUUUCUGUAGUACGGGCUUCCAUUUUGCCUUUCUUUUCUUUUCUUUUUAUCAAAGGGUUUAGAAAGAAAUAUCCUGUUAAGUGGAAAAGCGUUGUUCUUGUUUAAAGAAGCAAUUUCUUUUUUCCCCACAAGAUAUCAAGGUUUGGAUUUUGGAUUGUGUUAACUAUUAUGGAGAGGAUUAGUGUCGGUUCUGGUUUAGAUAGAAUCAGUGACCUCCCGAGCAAUGUGAUAGAUCACAUCCUAGCAUGUUUGCCAUUAAAAGAUGCUGUGAGGACCAGUACCUUGUCAAAGAAGUGGAAGGAAAAAUGGCACACAGUGCCUCAAAUUAUAGUUGAUGAGAACUUUUUCCAUGAAAGAUCACAACGAAAAAUUGAGGGUAUAAUCAAUUAUAUUCUUACUCGACAUGAAGGCAAAAUUGAGAAAUUUUCUGUGUCUGUUGAGAAAGUGAAAGAUUGUUACAACAUGAAGUUAUGGAUAUGGAGGCUAUCUCAGAAGUCUAUUCAGGAACUGACCCUCCUGAUCCGGAGAGGUCGGCGCAAUGAAGUGCCAUUUGGUUUGUUUUCUUGUCAGCAGCUGAGAAAGUUGAACCUCCGCCGUUUUGAGGUUAAACCAGCUAAUUCAUUCAAAGGAUUUCAUAAUCUCAUUAGCCUUCAGUUGAACAAAGUCAACAUAGCAACUGCUGUAUUUGAAAGGCUUAUUGCUACCUGCCCACUGCUUGAACAACUGACUGUAAGAAACUUGAGUUGCAUUGAUCAUCUUCAUAUAAAUGUCUUAAGACUCAAGUACCUCUCCUUUGAUGGAGAAUUCAAAUCUAUUUGUUUCAACACUCCACUUCUAGAGGUGCUGUCCAUCAAUUUAUAUCGAAUUGGUUCUGAGAAUAACCAGUUUGAUCUAAGAUUCAAAUUCCGUGGUUUGCCACCUGCAAUUAAGGAGCUUUAUGUGCGAUGCCAAUUUCAGAAGUUCUUGGCUGCAGGGGAUACAUUCACAGAAGUCUCAACUUCUUACAGCCAUCUGAAGACUCUUGGACUCCAUUCAUUUUGUUUUGAAAAGUUGGAUGAUGUCUCGUGUCUGCUCUCUUUAAUUGGCAGAUCCUACAACUUAGAAAUACUUGAUAUAACUGCGUGCGGCUGCAAAAAUGAACAUGUACCUGAACCUAUACUUAAAUUUUGGGAAGAACAAAAUGAUCCUCCUUUAUUCUCAAAUCAAUUGCAGAAGGCAACUGUGAGGUCAUUCCAUGGUAAAGAUCAUGAGAUGAGGUUUGUCAAAUUUGUACUGGCGAAUUCACCUUUGCUCAAGGAGAUGACUGUGGAAUGCAUGAAGAAUCCCGACUUUGAUGAGGAUGAAGUAAAAGCAGCUUUGUUGCUUUUUUGUCCUGCCUCUACAGAAUUCAAGUUCAUUGGAGGCAACUAUGAUUCCAGCAGUGAUGAUUCCUCAGAUUCGGACGACAACUCAAACGGUUCUUACUCUUCUGAUAGUGAUUAGCUCAGGGUCAUCCUCUGUAUUCACAAACUUAUUCUGUUCUUCAAAGCGGAGGGGGCUACACUGGAAAAGAAAUGUGAAGUUUGAUCUGAAAUUUUUUUCUACUUUGACCUUUAGACAUGUCUGCUUUUAUUUUGUCCAAGAGUCAUAUUGCAUGAGGGAGAGAAAGAUAAGAGAUAGGGUUGCAUCUGUUUGAAGUUUAUAUGAAUAAAUUCUGUUUGUACAUAUAAUAAACCAAAGCUUCAAACUUUCA